GAGCAACUCGCCAGCAAAUCCUGGCCAACAUGACCGAGCGGUUGUGGCUCCGCAUGGAGCUGUUUGAGCAUUUCGCGCUGCAACUCCAGUCGCGGUGCGUUGCCAAGCUGACACCGCAGCUCAUCAGCAAUGCCGUGGCAUCCCUUGUCGAGCUGACGACUGCACAUGCAACAGUCGGAUCGCAACCAUUGCCCAGCGCUCCUCUGACCCACGCCAUCUCAUAUGCCAUGUGGAAGAGAGUUGCGGAAUCGACAUUUCAAUGGAAAGAGAACGAGUGCCGCUCGUUCUGGCUCGUCCUCGUGUUUCUUCAUCACCAAAUCGUCGUUCCGUCCGUGGAUGAUGCAAUGGAUCGUCGUGAUCCUUCGUUCCUCGCCGACGAAGACUACUACCUUCAGGAGCAUGUCCCUCUCUUCAAGCUCGCUAUUUUCGUCCUCUUACACACCGACAAGAAAACGUCGUUGUCGAAACAUCGUGCCAAACCAUUUUUUGACGCAGUGUACGUGCGCUUGUGCACAAGACAGUCUCAUGGGCAACCCAUCCUCUCCUUGCAGAUGGCGAAAGGAUGACCACCCCAUGUCAAGCCCUUUAUCCAGUGGCUCAACGUCCCCCGUUCACUUGGCCGCGCCAAGCUCGCCGUCGUCCCCGCAUUCUGUCGGGUUAAGGGACCGUCUCGAGUCGGAAACCCACGCACUCAACUUUGUCAAGGCCAACCUGACCUUCCUCUUCAGUCUCUUGUUUAACAUCGAUCCAACCGACGAGGCGCAAUCACAUGCGAUCACGGCAUCGCAACUGGACAUGCUCGGGUUUCUGUUUAAUGGCGGGACGACUCACCUCCUGCAGUACCCGUCGCUCAGCGCCGCGUACCCAAAGUGGCAAGACUCUCAGCCGCCGCACCAGGCAGCGUCCAAGGUGUGCAACUGGCUGCGGAAGCGCGCCGCUCUCAACGACACGUUGUACCCUCCAGUUGGUUCGUUUGCGCUGUCGAACAACCCGAUUGCGAGUAUGCACAUGAACGUUCCAGUGCUGCAAGAAAUGGAAGUGGACGAGGGCCCUCUGGACGGCCACACUCAGGCGCCGCUUGUCGAGUUGCCUCGGCCUAUCGUGAUCUCGAGUGUGUCAAAGGCUACCGUGAUCAAACGGGCCGAAGAGUUUGCCGCGAAUUGCGACGUGACCAUCCAUGGCUGCCAUGACACGUACAUUUACGUGCUGGGGCCGCUUCGACACGUCAGUGUAGUGGCAUCGUCCAACUGCAAAAUCGUACUGGGUCCGGCGAGUGGCAUUUGCACUGUCGAUCGAUGCGACAGCACCAAAGUGUCGGCGGUGUGUGCACUGCUUCGCGUCAACAAUUGUUUGGACUCGACAUUCAACAUCUUCACGCCACGACGGAGCAUCUUUACCGGCGACAACCGCGGCUUGCACGUGGGCCCGUUCAACGCGUUGUAUGCUCAUCUGCCCGUCCACUUGGGGCAGAGUGGACUGGCCUACGUGCGUCAUUCGACUGGGCAAUGGAACAAGUUUAUCAACCUGGACACAGAAGAGCGCGAAGGCACCGUCCAUGCCGACGACGUCGUGCUGCAGUCCCCGCUGCACUUUACCGAAGUGUGUGUGCCAGUCAAGAUGGAUCCAGUGCCUCCCCACGACCCACCUUUCGCCCUGCCACCAGACUUUGCGUUGGCUGUUCGCAAGAUGCAGGACAACGUGGACGGGUUGCGACGACUCAUUGCCAGCGACGAGUUCGACGCGCCCACGAAGAAGUUAUUGGAGCAGGCUAUCCAAGUCAAGUUUAAGGAAUGGCUUGCAACUUCGGGCAAUACGCGGCAGGUGCUGGACUUGGUGCAGCUCGAGAAAGCGCGGCAUUUGGGGUGACAGCCGACACGUGCUCCCUGGCCACUGGCACGUUGGCACCACUGGCAAAAUAAACACCUGCAGUUUGCGGCAAGUCGACCGUAGCCGUCAUUUUUCAUCCAUUUUCCGUUAGCUGUGAAUGCUUGCUACAGACAGCGGUGUAGACUGUGGACGAAGAGGUCGGGAA